AUGGCAGUGGCAAACGGCAGGUUGGUCAGGGCGACCACCAAGGCAUUCGAAAUGGACAGACAUCUUCCUUCAUCUUCAGCGUCUGGUAACACCAGCCCAUACCGUAUCCCCUCUCUCAAGUCCCCGUUCCUAUGGGAGGUGACGAAGCCGCCGCAUAGGAUUAGCCGCGACGCAGAGCAGAGGGCUGCCUUGAUCACCCUGGGAGCUGCCAGCAUGACACCUGAGAAGAGGCAGGGGGUUUUCCUGUCGGAGUCGGGGGUGAAGAGCGUUGAUCUCUUGUUACCCCUGGCGUAUGAGAUCACAAGGAGGAUGAUCCUGAGGCAGUUUGGAGCCGCGCAGUUGGCACUGGCGAGGCAGUGCUGCCCCAAGAUCAUCGAGAGAAUUAUCCAUCAGGUCAUCAUCAAUUGCCAGUCUUUCACAUUGAUCGGUGUUGCGGGAUCCCUUGUUGGUUCAGUCCCGUUGUUUGCUGAGGGUUGUGCUGUUGUGAUGAAGUCAUUCUUCAUGCGCUUCCAUGCCAUGUCCCACACGGUAGAUCAGGGUGAAAUCAUAAGGCUGCUUAUUGAAGCGUUAGACAUGUUUCUGAUUGGCACUGCUCUUCUCACGUUUGGCAUGGGGAUGUACAUCAUGUUCUAUGGUUCUCAGAGCAUUCAGAAACAGGCACGGCACGUUGACACGUCCCACUUAGGUGCAUUCAACCUGAAGAAGCUGAAAGAAGGGGCCAGGAUCAGGUCCGUCACGCAGGCGAAGACUAGGAUCGGCCACGCCAUACUCCUGCUGCUCCAGGUGGGGGUUCUUGAGAAGUUCAAGAGCGUGCCGCUGGUUACUGGACUCGACAUGGCCUGCUUUGGUGGAGCGGUGCUCGUUUCCUCUGCUAGCGUCUUCCUCCUAUCGAAGCUUAAUAUGAGCCAGCAGCAACUGAAGUAA